AUGAGUGGAGAGCCGGACUCAGCUGUCUCGGAAUCAAGGAAAGGUCCCGAUGCCUCCGAGGCUGGGAGGAAAAAGGAGUUGUGGGAAGGAGCCGUGCAGAAGAGUCCGGAAGACAACCUCCCUUCUCCUGAUAUGCAGCGCCAGCAAUUCAGACACUUCCAUUACCAGGAAGCAGAGGGCCCCCGAGAGGUGCGGGAGAAGAUCGCGCAGGAGCGUUUCCACAGAGCGGCUUUUCCAGGUGGUGCCAUAAGACCGACGGUGGAUUCUUUGCCGUCUCCCUCUGGCAGAGAGAAAGCCGCUUCCAUUCAGCCUGAUCGGGGUCUGGUGACCUUUGAAGAGGUGUGUGUUCAUUUCACUGAGGAGGAGUGGGCUCUGCUGGAUCCGGACCAAACAAGGCUUCACAAGGAGGUCAUGGAGGAUAAUUUUCAGAAUGUGGCCUCUCUGGAGGCUGAUUGUCCACAAAUGAAGUCCGAGGGAAUACCAGAACACGUCCUGUUGGGCACAAAAGAGCAGAAACACGACAAUGGAACAAACUGGAAGAGGGGGAAUGACUGCUCUGCCUCUGAGGGUGCUGAAUCCCAGGUCUUUGAUACACACCGAAGAAUUGACACAGGGGAGAAACCUGAUAAAUGCUCACAGAGUAAAAAGAGCUUGGGUUGGAAGAGAGACUAUUCUGGCCAUCAGCGGCUCCACGUCGGAGAGACGCAUAAAUACCUGGAGGGUGGAAAGAGCUUUGCUCAGAGUUCAAACCUUACCUUCUAUCAACAUAUUCACAUGGGGGAGAAACCAUAUAAAUGCUCGCAGUGUGGAAAGAGCUUUGCUAACAAAACACACCUUAAGGACCAUCAACGUAUCCAUACUUGGGAGAAACCAUAUAAAUGCUUGGAUUGCGGAAAGAGCUUUGCUUCGAGUUCGAAGCUUACUAGACAUCAACGUAUCCAUACUGGGGAGAAACCAUAUAAAUGCUUGGAGUGUGGAAAGAGCUUUGCUAACAAGACUCACCUUACUGUCCAUCAACGUAUCCACACUGGGGAGAAACCAUAUAAAUGCUUGGAUUGUGAAAAGAGCUUUGCUUCAAGUUCAAAGCUUACUAGACAUCAACGUAGCCACACUGGGGAGAAACCAUAUAAAUGCUUGCAGUGUGGAAAGAGCUUUGCUCACAGUUCAAACCUUACUCACCAUCGACUUACCCACACUGGGGGAAAACAAUAUAAAUGCUUGGAGUGUGAAAAAAGCUUUGCUAGAAGAAAUGAUCUUAGGGCCCAUCAACGUAUCCACACUGGGGAGAAAACAUACAAAUGCUUGGAUUGUGGAAAGAGCUUUGCUUCGAGUUCGGAGCUUACUAGACAUCGACGUAUUCACACUGGGGAGAAACCCUAUAAAUGCUUGGAAUGUGGAAAGAGCUUUGCUAGCAAGACAGAUCUUACUGUCCAUCAACGUAUCCACACUGGGGAGAAACCAUAUACAUGCUUGGAUUGUGGAAAGAGCUUUGCUUCGAGUUCGCAGCUUACUAGACAUCAACGUAUCCACACUGGGGAGAAACCAUAUAAAUGCUUGCAGUGUGGAAAGAGCUUUGGUCAGAGAUCAACCCUUACUGUCCAUCAACGUAUC